AACUGAUUAUGACAACCUCGACUUCACGCAAGGCACGAAUCUUGGCUUCAACAACCAGGUCUUUCAUCCAACCACCAACUCCUCCUUUCACUCAGUCGGUUCUGCCAUAUCAAAGCUCCCACUCUCAGUACCAGCAGACUUCACACCAAUCGUAUCAGCAGCCUUCGCACCAAUCUCAGUACCAGCACACUUCCCAAGUGGGUGCAAACUUUGGCCCUGGUAGUCAAACUACAUACUGGAGUCCAGGGCCUCGUCAAGAACCUUUAGGCCAACUGCCACGUCCAACUUCAUUAAAUGCUGGACGUGGUGAACACACAAGCUCCGGACGUGGUGGACACGCGAAUUCUUCUCUUCGGGCAAGAGGUCGCGGCCGUGGGCAAGGCCCAACUCGAACUCAACUAACUCGAAUUCAGCAAACCCCCACUUCUACCGCAACUACUCCAACUGAGCCACCUCUAUCAAUGAAACAAAUCCUCGACCAAUUCCUCCCCAAAUCGAUUGUUACAAUGCUUCCAGACAGCGCCAAGACAUUCACUCCAAUUGUCGCCAAUCAGCUUGAAGAAGUAAUGAAGAAAGUUGUUGCAAAAGAAAUCUUGGCUGCUGAACUGCGUGUUGUGGCGGCAAAGAAUUGUAAAAAGUCAUUCUCGCAAGCCGAUGGUUCUUUUUUUAUGGCUCUUGAAAAUGACCUCGACAUAAUCAGAGUGAUCUAUUGUCUUGUCAGACGUGUUUCGCCAGAAAGGGCUUCAAGGCAUAUUGGCGAAUUCAAGGCCAUGCGAGAUGCGACUCUCUGGAACGGUUUUCAAGCAAGCCCUGAAGGGCAGGAAGUAUAUCGCACUCACCGUGGAAUUAAGGGCAAAGCAAACAGUGUACUCUCCGACUUAUGGAACGAGAAGACUCUCGAUGAAAAGCUGACCUACCAACAAUAUGUUCGCAAAUCCAAAAACCUCACAUCGGUUUUGUUGGGAGCCGAAGGAGACGACUUGAACCAAACCACUGGAGACUCAUCCGACUCUGUCGAACCAAAAUCAACUGGUGAGAAUGGCUGGGUAGGUUCAGGUAGAUCGCUCGCAAGCGCUCAACAGACUGCCGAAUUGUGGCUCGCCGAAACCGAGGUGGAGGCAAAGAGGAUUGCUUCUCUGACCAACAGCAACAUAGUGAUACUUUGUGUAUCAUCACAUCUGGGACCAAAUGCGUUCCAGAUGUUUGCUGGCUCUCCGAGGGGUCGAUCCUGGCUAAAACUGAAUCAGGAAAGGUACGGCUCUGCUUAUUGCAACUGUGAGUUUCAGAGCUUCUGCACCGGGGUUGCAGUUGCCAAGCUCGACACGCCUGGCGUCAAGGCAAAGAAAUCGAUUGCUUACCCCAAACAAGACCAAGCUCGUGCAGCAUUGAAGGGACUUCUUAAAAAAACUUUUCCAACCAAAAACUACGCCUGGCCAUGGAUCAAUUGCGAGGCUCGACUGCUCCACUGGGGUGCUAAAAUUGUGCUACAUCCAGAAGCUCAAACUGAGUUGGGUUUCGUCACUCAAUUGAGCAAGAAUCUCAAUGACGAACAAGGUGACUGUAUCUCUACCGAUAUCACCAAAGGUUUGUUCGAGUUGGCUCAGGUUCCAAAGGAUUCUUCGGGUCUGAAGAAACGGGCCCCAAAACGGAAGCGUGAACAAGAAUCAGCGAGCGAAGAGGGUGAUGAAGAUGAGACCGAUGAAGAGGAAAAUGAAGAUAUCAAUGAAUAGUUUUCAUCAUGACUUUCGCAUAUUUUUCAAUCUCUUUUGUCUUCCUUUUUAACUCUAAUUUCUUCCUUUUUUAUGUUUUCAUCUACUUCAUCUUGUUAUGUCUUCAUUCGUGGUUACUACCACUUCGUUUCUUACUUUCUUUUUUCUUCUUUUUUACGUUAUCAUCUUCUUUACAUUAUCUUUGUUUUGAUGUUUUCAUCGUUCGUUCUUGUUCGUUUUUUAAUGUCUUUUGUCUUCCUUUUUUCAUCUUUACUUUCUUUUUGUUUCUUAAUUUCAUUUUAUUUUUACUAAUCCUUAGUUUCUCCAGAAUGCAGCUGCAUUGUUCAAUUCCAAACUGAUAUUUUGCCAUUG